AUGGCUCAGACCAGGAGUAUUGAUUGCCAAAUUGAGGUCAAGUCCUCAGCUGACAGCUUCUUUCAUGACCAAAACUCACCUGAUGCCAAAGAUAUAAACUUGAGACGGUUAGGGAAGUUCGAGAAAAUGAGGAUGAAACAAACAGAACUAUGCGUCACCCCCAAGGGGGAGGGAAGUUUGGUGAAAUGGACCGUCGAAUAUGAGAAGCAAAACGACGACGUCCCCAAACCUGUCAAGUACCGCGAUUUCUAUACCAACCGGUCCAAAGAUGUGGAUGCUUACCUUCUCAACAAUGCCUAA